GAGAGGAGCGGCGGCAACGGCGGCGGGGAGCGGCGCGGGGAUGGCGGAGCUACCGCCUGGGCCUAGCAGCCUCCUCCCACCGGCGGCGGCCGAGCCCCGCUGCCCGUUCCCGGCGGGGGCCGCGCUCGCCGGCUGCAGCGAGGACGAGGAGGACGACGAGGAGCACCACGAAGGCGGCGGCGGCGGCGGCGGGAGCCCGGCGGCGGGCGGCGGGGCGGCCGGGGCGGCGGCCAAGGCGCGUUCUUCCCUUCGCUGCCCGCAGCUGCCCCCGGAGCAGCCGCAGCAGCUCAACGGAUUGAUCGGCCCCGAACUGCGACACCUCCGCGCCGCGGCCACCCUCAAGAGUAAGGCUCUGAGCGCGGCGGAGGAGGCGGCGGCCGCCACCGUCGCCGCCGCCGGGGCCCCCCGAGUGACUGCCACAAAGGGAGCCGGGGGACACCCGGGGGAGAGGCCGCCCCUGCCGCUCCCCAACAAUGCAAGAACUGCGCCCCCCGACCGGCCAGAGGCGGCGGCGGCGGCGGCGGCGGCGGCCAGCGACCCCGCGGCGGCUCGCAACGGACUGGUGGAGGGCAACGAGCCGGAGGAGGAGCAGGAGGAGCAGGAGGAGGAGGACGAGCAGGUGCGGCUGCUGUCUUCGUCUCUGACCGCCGGCUGCAGUCUACGGAGCUCCCCGGGCCGGGAGGCCGAGCCCGGGGAGGAUCGGACGAUACGCUACGUCCGCUAUGAAUCCGAGCUCCAAAUGCCUGAUAUCAUGAGACUGAUCACCAAAGAUCUGUCUGAACCCUACUCCAUUUACACGUAUAGGUAUUUUAUCCACAACUGGCCACAGCUGUGUUUCUUGGCCAUGGUAGGGGAGGAAUGUGUAGGUGCCAUCGUUUGCAAGUUGGAUAUGCACAAAAAGAUGUUCCGCAGAGGUUAUAUAGCCAUGUUAGCCGUGGAUUCCAAAUACAGGAGAAAUGGCAUUGGUACUAACUUGGUAAAGAAAGCUAUAUAUGCCAUGGUUGAAGGAGACUGUGAUGAGGUUGUUUUGGAAACAGAAAUAACAAAUAAGUCUGCUCUGAAACUGUAUGAAAACCUUGGUUUUGUCCGAGAUAAGAGGCUGUUCAGAUACUAUUUAAAUGGAGUAGACGCACUGCGACUUAAGCUGUGGCUUCGCUGAGACUGACAGCAAGGAAUGGCUCCACCCACGUGGACUCGACUUUGGCACGCAAUGCAAUUUGUACAGAAUUGCCUGCAGGUGGACUUAGUAACUCCCAUGCAGCUGUCAUCUGUUAGGGUCCAUUGAGUGUCGCACAAUAUUUGUUGCACUUUGGCAUGGCGCAUUUAUUCUGAAUUAAAUGAGAUUGCUUUUAAACUUCAAGGGUUCUUUUGGUACCAACAGGAUGUGCCAGUUAAUAGCCAAGACUUGUUUAUUUGCAAAGUCUGCUGACAGUGCUAUUUACAUAGUGAUCAUUUUAUCACAGAACCAGUAAGUGGGACAUGAUUUUUGUUCCUUAAAGAAGCCAAUGUAGUUAAAGUCUCUUAAUUAUACUAACAUUUCACACACAACCUGCCAUAGUUUUCUGAAUGGGUGAGGGAAAAGCUUCAAUUUAGGUUUUAUUUUUUUCAAUAUUAAAUUUCCAUUCUUGAAUAUUGGUACCUCAGUGAUUAGUGGAUGACAAGUGUAGGGUGGGAUUUGUCUUACAAUGAGUAAAGAUGACAAUUAAAUUGCGUCUGCCAGUGCCUGUGUAGAUAAGUAUUCUUGUCUUCAUCUCUAGUUUUCGAAUGCAUGCUGUCUUUUCUUUUUCUUUAAUGCCUUUGCAAGCAAACUUGUUUUUAUUUAAAUUCUGAAUUUGAUAAUAAAUUAUUUGAGAUUUUUGUAAUUUGGACAGUUUUUCCAGGUGAGUGACAGGGGUUUGAUUUAGAAGUCCCUUUUUCCUUACAGUAAGAAGUUGAAUCUACUUGGGAAACAGAAAUGGCUUAAAGGGAUGGAGCUGGGAAUUGCUGGGUUUUGGAUGCACUUUUUUUGUUUUGUUUUGUUUUGUUUUUGAGGAUGGGGAGUUUUUGGAAAGGAAUAGAAAAUUAAUGUAAAUUGGUAUGAUUUUAUUUAAUCAAAAUGAUUGCUAAGCUGUGAAGAACAGCUUCUAUAAAGUAGCUGGGUUUUUUGUUUUUUGUUUUUUUUUUUUAACUUGAUUUGAAUUCACAUUGCUUCCAUUUUUGAAAAUACUUCACUUUUGGUUCUUCGUCUUAGAAAUAAAUUUCAAAGAGCAUUGUAUCUGUUUUAAGCUGCAUUGAUUUUCUUUUCACUCAUGAGCAGAUUCUUGGGGGACCUUUGCUUUUUUCCUCCAGAAAAGGGGGGAGGGAUGAAAUUUUUUUUAAUGAGUUCUUUGAGUUUUCUGAGCAGCCAAGGUGUUUAUUAGUUACAAUGUAUUUUGGCGAAUCAGUGUAAUGUUAACAAAUUGUUUUGAGUCAAUAAACCUGUGAUGGAUAAUUUAUUUAACUAGGAAACCUAAGCACUCAUAAGGAAAAAGAUUCAUUCUCUGAAAAAUGUUUUAUGGGAAUCUGGCAUUCAUGUUGUUAUUUUCAUUUGACUAUACUUUUCUUCUGCUUUAGUACUUGGCUUGGAUUUUAUUUUAUGGCUGUAAUUACUGUAUUUUUAAAAACCCUACCUCCAUUAACAGUUGGUAAAGGCCCCUUUUCAGGAACGUUUGUUGCUUUUUUUUUUUUUUAAAGGAAAGCUGCUCUUUGCUCAGUAUAAUAUUUUGAAAGUGAACAUGGUAACAAGUACUUUUAAAAUAAAGAUGCACACUUUAUAUUUGAAAAUAAAAACUCCUGCUGGUGGGAUCAUUUAUAGUUCCUUAUUUUUAAGAAAAUGUGUCUUUCCAUUUUAUAUUGCUCUUUAAAGAUUAAUGCAGAAUACUGGUAAUAUUAAAAAUGUGAUGACCACAUAGUACUCAGCUUUUCUGCUGACCAUUUUGAGUCUGUUUUGGUCAACCUUCAUUUGGGCUCCAGCAUUUAGAAGAAUGCCAGUCAUCAUGAUGCUUCUGUUUUCAUUUUCAAUGUAAGGAAAGUAGCUAAAAAAUAUACUUGACAUCAUCCAAUUUUGUUUUGCCUUGCUGGUACAUAAGUAGUGAAUUGUUGAUGAACAGACAUUUUCUUGACUCACUCUGAUGGGUAUAGUUGUAAAGUAGAUACAUACUAGAGUUUCCAAUUCAAAAGUUUUGUUCUUGCUGGGUUGUCAGUGAAACUGUCACGACUCCCCUUAAGAAUUGCUGAAUCAACUGAACUGAUUGUCUGAUGAUGUGUAAACUUGAACUGUGUGACUAAAAUAUCAGAUCAUUACAAUACUGCUCAAUGGAUGGAUACAUGAUAUUAUCAGUGUAUACUUUGAUGUUUUAGUUAUUUGACCCAUUUUUUUACCUAAAAUUUUAACCUCUAUCUUGAUAACCUAGUUACAAAAUUUAAACUUUCCAAGGUGAAAUAACUUCAAACAUUAACUUGAUAUUAGGCUUUCAUUUUUCUUCUAUCAGCUUAAAGUAGUUCCAUUUAUAAUUGACUGUGGGUUCACUUGGCUAAAACUGAGCAAAAUUGGUGCAACUUUCUUUUAGUGGGGUGCUGCCUCUUUAAGACUGACUGUACUAUCCACUGACACUGGUUUGGCAGUUGAUACUGCUGAACAUUUAAUACAUGCUACCAUGAAGCUAUAUAUGUUAGUAUUGAAUGAAGCUAAUGGAUAUGCUACCAGUUUAGAUGUAUGGGCUGAUUAUAAUUUCCCUUACAUUGGGAUGAAAAUACUUAACUCUGGAAUCAAAGUCCACAAAUCAUAACAUUAGCACUUGAUGUUGAAGCCAGCAAAAUAAUAUGAAAAAAUAGUAUUAAAAGUUGAUUUUUAACAUUUUCUGCCUCUCCUCCAAAUUACCCACUACAAACAUGAGAUAAAUCUGUGUAAAGGAGUUUGUCAUGUUUUAACUCUUUCCGUGUUAUGGUAUUGGCUGGCAUGUAUAAGACUGGAUGUGUAUGUUUAUUAUGGUGUCUAAAAAUUAUGACGUUCAUCACUUUCCAGGAGCAUAGAGGAAAUCAGAUUGGUAGUACACCAGUUACUUUCAGUACACCUCGACAUCACUAGGAUGAGUGCUGUAAUGUCCUAGGGUUUUCAGGUUUGUAAAAACAUAACCAUAAGUUAUAUUGACGUCACAUAUGAGUUGAGUAUCUAUGAAAUAUCACGUGUAUCUCAAAAAUACUGGGCUGCUGUUUAAUGACUGGGGUAUUGCUGCAUACUUUUCUCCUAUUGACCCCUAUCCUUUUGGAGAGAGAUUUAAUGGGGUUUGAAAUGUGCAAGCUGUGUGAAUAACAUGCAGUCAAAUAAAGUAUGGUUAAGUUGUGUUUGCAUUUUUCUUUAAGAUACAGCUGUGUGCAGUCUGUAAUUUGGUUUCAGAUAAUCAAAAAGCAACCUGUUCUGUUUUCUCGCUGCCUUCCAUCAAGAGUCAUUUGGAAGGAAUGAUACAGUUGUUAUCUCUCUACAUUGUGUUCUGACAAAGUAAAUUUGAAAAUAAAAUUACAAACUUGAUUGCUAAA